AGCUUGGCUCCAGGCAAAUAGAUAGGCCGCUGCAGGAGCGCGCUGGCUCAUAGUCGCAUUCAUCAGAGAAAAGGCACUACAAUUCAAGCGCCGUGCAAACAAUGAGGCAUAUCUGGGCGGCGGCGGCCGUCCUCUCCGCAGUCACUGCCCUUGCUCCACCCAGCACGCCGACGGCGCGACGGCGGAUACCUCGUCGCGCGUCCACCGAGACCGCCGCGCCGACCGAUACGUCAAACUAUGUGAUAACCAUCACCCCUGAGGCCCAGGAUCACAUCGCGAAGCUCCGCGCGGCCGAGGGCCCCGGCACGCACCUGCGGAUGGGCGUCAAGGCGGGGGGCUGCUCGGGCAUGAGCUACGCCAUGGAUCUCUGCAAGGAGGCAGACAUCACGGAGCAGGACCACGUCGAGGAGUGGCCCGAGGGCUUCAAGGUGGUCAUCGACCCGAAGUCGAUGCUCUACCUCUUCGGGUUGGAAUUGGGCUACAGCAAUGAGCUCAUCGGCGGCGGCUUCCAAUUCAAGAACCCGAACGCCGAGACGAGCUGCGGGUGCGGGACGUCGUUCGGCAUCUAGUCGUCUUUAUAAUUGUUUUUACGUUGGUU